CCUAUAACAGAAGUAACUUGAUAUCUAUUUUUUGUUGAGUUUUGCUAGCUUUAAGUUGAAUCAAAGGAUUGGGACAUCUUCUUCUGACUCCUCCUCCUAUUAGACCUGAUAGCGGUAACUUCCAGUUAGGCAUUUUGCACUCUAGGACCCCUGGUGUCAGCUGAUAAAUGUGUGCCCAGUUGUUUCAAUUUCUGCCAGGAAGUGCUUCACAAAGUUCAGGUAUACAGCAUUCCAUGUUUGCUGCAACUUCCUGUUGAAAGGCAUAUGAUACCUACAGUGUGAACUGCAUUUCUGAAGAUGUACUGUUCUGAGAGAUACAUGUACUUAAUAAUCCUUCAUUUGCCUUAUUUCUUCUGCCCUGAUGCCCUCUGUUACGACCAUCAGAUAGGGCAUCCAUUGAGGCAGUCAAGCAUGCUCACUUCAACUGAAUAUUGCAGCCCCCCUGUGCAUGUAAGCCAGGAGGAUUGCAGGAAAGUAUGUGCUGUGUUGCAUGGCAACAGCAGGAUCACAGCAGGAAACCAGGAAGUGAUAAGAUCCAGGAGGGAGAAGAACAGUACAGAGAUCAAGGAUUUCUGGAAUAAGAACAUGCAAUAUUUUAGGAUUCUGCCUUGAAACACAUGGACCUUUAAGUGCAGGAGAAAUUCUAGGAAAGCUUCACUAAACUCCAACCCAAGACCCCCAUUCAUCCAGCCUUUGCUAAAAGAGUGUCCUUUUGGCAUAACUUAGCCUGGUAUGAGUUAUUCUUGCUUGUUAAGGAAAGCAUCCACGUCUAUAAAACAUUUCUUAUGUUCACAAUGGAAGUCAUACUAAAUCUCCAUACAUCUGUAAUACUUAACUCACUAAUUUUGCUAACACUUACUUUUUCUUGCCAAAUGGCUAUACAGAAAACCUCAGUUACAAUGCAGUCACCCUUUGUAGCUAUAUGGAAUGCACCAACUGAACUCUGCAUGAGAAAAUUCAGAAUCCCUAUAGAUGUCAGUUUAUUUGAGACUGUGGGAAGCACUCUCCCGACAGCCACCAACCAAAACAUUACUUUAUUCUACACUGAUAGACUAGGCUACUACCCCUACAUAGAUCUUGCUACUGGCAUUAGUUAUAACGGUGGAAUUCCUCAAAUGAGCAAUAUGGAACGACAUUUAAAAAAAGCCAGAAAAGAUAUCCUCCAUUAUUUACCAUCUGCAACACAAAAUGGACUUGCCAUUAUUGACUGGGAAGACUGGAGACCAAUAUGGAUUAGAAACUGGGCAUCUAAAGCAAUAUACAAAAAGCACUCUACUGACUUUGUUCUGCAAAAAGACCUGACACUUGAUCAGAGAAGGGUAGAAUCUGUAGCCAAACUACAGUUUGAGUCAGCAGCAAAACACUUCAUGCUAAACACCCUCAGACUUGGGAAACAAAUGAGACCACACAACCUUUGGGGGUUCUAUCUGUUUCCUAAUUGUCAAAAUUAUAAUUAUAAACAAAAUCCUCAUGUCUACACUGGACAGUGCCCCGCUAUUGAAAUGCUAAGAAAUGAUAAACUACGGUGGUUAUGGAAAGAAAGUACAGCAUUGUUUCCAAACAUGUACCUAGAGACAGCACUAAUGUCUUCACAGCUUGGUGCACUCUAUACACGACAUCGUAUCCAAGAAGCAAAAAGAAUCUCAAGGAUGUAUCACUCCCUUCCAAUAUACAUGUACAGCCGUCCCGUGUUUACUGAUCAGCCUGAGAAAUAUUUAACACUGAGUUACCGAGAAGAUUUAUUUUCUAUUUAUUUCCAGCCCGAUCUUGUGAACACAAUUGGUGAAAGUGCUGCUUUGGGAGCGAAUGGAUUUGUAGUGUGGGGCAGCGUGAACCUGACACGAAGCAUGAACAUGUGUAUGGGCUUAAAUGAUUUCAUCAUCAACACGCUAAACCCAUACAUCAUUAAUGUUUCAUUAUCAGCUAAAUUGUGUAGUGCAAUACUUUGCCAAAAUAAUGGAAUAUGUACCCGCAAGGAGUGGAGCAAAAACACUUACCUCCACUUAAAUGGAAAAAACAUUGUAAUAGAACAAUAUAAAAGCACUUAUAAGGUGAUUGGACAUCCAAGUUUUGAAGAUCUCAAAUUCUACACUGAAAACUUCAAAUGUCAUUGUUAUCCUGGACACAAGUGCAAGGAGUCUUCAGAUCCACCUAAAAUUGAACCCAUGAAAGUAUGUCUGACACAAAAUAUUUGCAUAAAACUCAAUAAAGAAUUAUUUUAGGUUUCGAUAUUAAGUAU